CCCUCUCUACACUGAGAGACACCAAAUUCUAAUCGCCGAAAAGAAAAAUUAUUCUAAACCUCAAUAAUCAACGUCUUUGGUCUUCUUCUGAUAACAGCCUUCCAAUCGUAACUCAAAUGAUACUACAGAAUCUGAUUAUGCAUAGCAAAUCUGGAAAACCAUGAUGCUCAUCGGCGGAGCGAGUUUAUUGUUUGUUCUGCUUUUACUCUCGUGUUUCGCUUCUGAGUUUUCUACUGCGACGGACUUUGUCUCGUGGACUCGGUACCUCCAAGACCCUGAAAGCAUAACAUCCAAUGGCAGUGUCUUCAGGAUGGGGUUCUUCACCCCUAAGGGCUCCAAGUAUCGGUAUGUCGGGAUCUGGUACAACAACUAUCCUGAGUUUAAUCCGGUUUGGGUGGCCAAUCGGGAGAGGCCCAUAGAGGAUUCCUUGGGAACAGUGAUGAUAUCCGAGGAUGGGAAUCUUGUGAUUAUGGAUGGGAAGAAGGAUGUCGUCUGGUCAUCCAAUGUGACAACCUCGGCACGAGGUAACAAAACCGCUCAUCUCUUAGAUACUGGAAACCUUGUACUGCACGAGGCGAAUACGAGCACCAGUGAUGAGGUAAUAUGGCAGAGUUUCGAACACGUGUCUGACUCGUUCCUUCCGAAGAUGAAGCUCAGCAGCAAUGCCAGAACGAAUGUUAGUGUAAUGCUCACUUCAUGGAAGAGCUCUUCCGAUCCUUCUCCGGGGCCCUUCUCUGGGGGUAUCAACCCGCUAAAUAUUCCGGAAGCUUUCGUAUGGAAUGGAACCCGCCCAUACUGGAGGAGUGGGCCCUGGAAUGGUCAGAUCUUCAUCGGGUUGGCCUCAAUGGAAUCAGUUUACCUCGAUGGCUUCAGCCUCCAGAACGACAAUGAAGGAACCUUUUCCUUGACAUACAAGUAUGCUAUGGCUUACAUAUCGUACUAUCUCUUGCAACCGAACGGGACACUUUUGCAAGUGUACUCCGGGGAGGAGGAGAAUGAUCGAGGACUUCCCUGGUCAUCCUAUGAGACCGAAUGUGAUGUUUAUGGCAAGUGCGGGCCUUAUGGAAUAUGCGAUCCAUCCAAGUCCCCUAUCUGCAGCUGCCCGAGAGGGUUUAAGCCUGGAAAUUUAGAAGAAUGGAGCCGAGGAAAUUGGACUGCCGGAUGUGUACGGGAGACUCCAACAAACUGUGGGAGCUCGAAUAGCAGCAAAAGGGACGGGUUCCUGAGGUUGCAGAAGAUGAAAGUUCCGGCUUUCCCUGAGUGGUCAUUUCCACUUGAAAAUGAAUGUGCGAAGCGGUGCCUGAGUAAUUGCUCAUGUUUGGCAUAUGCUUAUACUGAAGGCGUGGGUUGCAUGAGUUGGACUGGAGAUUUACUUGACAUGCAAAAGUUCUCGAAUGCAGGAGUUGACAUUCACAUUCGACUUCCCAGAUCAGAACUUGGUAAGGCUCGGGAUUUGAAACUAGUUUUGGCAGUUACAUUGAGUGUCGGAGUAGUCUUCAUCACACUAUCUGUGCUACUUUUGUGGAUGCGUGCGAGGAAACGACGAGCAGUGACAAAAUUACAGGAAACGGUUACCUCAGACCGAGAAGAAUCUCCAAUAAUUUCUAGCGGGAAGAGGAUUCAGGACAACCUUAAACUCCAGGAUCUUAAGCUGCUCAGCUUCGAAGAGUUGUCAACUGCAACAGACUCUUUCAGUUCGGCCACUAAACUUGGAGAGGGCGGUUUUGGUCCCGUGUACAUGGGGAAGUUAUUGGAUGGACAAGAAGUAGCCAUUAAGAGACUAUCCAGAGCUUCAGACCAAGGGCUCGAAGAAUUUAUGAAUGAGAUGGUUGUAAUUUCGAAAGUUCAGCACCGAAAUCUAGUUAGACUCCUAGGCUGCUGUGUUGAGAGAGAAGAGAAAAUACUGGUCUAUGAGUUCAUGCCGAACAAAAGCUUGGAUGAAUUUUUAUUCGAUCCAGUGAAGAAGGACAAACUGGAUUGGAGUAAACGGUUUAAAAUUAUCGAUGGGAUCUGCCGGGGUCUGCUGUACCUUCACAGAGAUUCUAGGCUAAGAAUCAUUCACCGGGAUCUCAAGGCGAGUAACAUUCUCUUGGAUGAAGAGCUCAACCCCAAAAUUUCAGACUUUGGGAUGGCGAGAAUUUUUGGGGCGAAGGAAGAUCAAGCCAAUACUAGAAGAGUUGUGGGAACAUACGGUUAUAUGGCUCCGGAGUAUGCAAUGGGAGGUCUUUUCUCAGAAAAGUCUGAUGUGUUCAGCUUCGGCGUCCUAUUACUCGAGAUCAUCAGUGGGAGACGGAACACAAGCUUCAGUCAAGAAGAGCAGUACUGCAGCCUUCUAGGAUUUGCAUGGACUCUGUGGAAUGAAGGCAACAUCAUGGCGCUAGUAGACCCUGUAAUAUCCAAUAAUUCCCAUCAGAUCGAGGUUCGAAGAUGCAUACAUGUGGGGCUUCUGUGCACGCAAGAACUCGGCAAUGAUCGCCCGACUACAUCAACCGUCAUUUCGAUGCUCAAUAGUGAAAUCACGGAUCUCCGGAUCCCCAAAAGGCCUGCGUUUACAGAAAGACAAAUUACCCAUGACACAGAGUCCUCUGAACAGAGUGAAGGGACACGUUCGAUCAACCACAUUACAAUUACCACAAUCGAAGGACGGUAAUUAAGAAGAAAUGUAGAUGUUGAUGUGAUUAUGUCUUCUGGAAAAAUUCUUGGAGCAAGUUUUGUGAAAUCUUUUGAUGGCACAAGCAUUAACUCAACAAAGUUUCACGUAUAAAUGAAAUUGUAUAAAUUAGUAAAA